CGAAAUUUCUCUCGAAUAUUCGUUUACGACUCGUUGUUUUGCUGGGUUAAGUAGCGUCAACGACUUUUGUUCUUUCUUUCCUUCGCACUUUCUCUCUCCUCAUCUUAUCGUCGACGAUUACUCUUGCGAUUUCCAAUUUGGUGGCUCUUGCGAUUUCAUCUGAUAAUCUCUUUCAUCGUUGUUUGGUAAGAUCUUCGGCUACCUUUGAUUUCUGUCUAAUAAUUCUUGUUCAAAUUGAGGAAAACCGCUGCGAUUUUCUAGGGUUUUGCCAUCGAUUUUUAUUUAACAUCGAUUUCUCCCAGAUCUGGGAAUUCUAAGGCUACAUACCCUUUGUUCUUCAUCAAUUUCAUUGUGAUAUCAUUGAUUUUGGAUUUUAAUCGUCUGUAAUUGAACGAUUUCGUUGUUUAGGGUUCUAAAAAAUUUCUCAGUGUUGAGAAUUAGGUUUAGGGAUUUCUGAUCCUUCAAUUGUUUUUCUUUUUCUCGUUAAUUGAGGUAAUUUUUGUGUGUGCUGAUAUUAUGGCGGCUGGUAGAAUCAAUGUGUCAAGGAGUUUAGAUCUUUCUCAUGUUUCAAGAAAAACCUCUGGGGUUCAUGCUCAUGGUGUUUUUGAUUUUGGGGCUAAGGUUAGGUCUAAUUCUGAAGUUUAUGGAGAUUUGGAAUAUGUGGGUGGAAAGAGGGGUGUGUUUGAGGAUGAUAGCCGUGAUAGAUGUAACGAAGCCAUGGAAUUUGAUGACGGGAUUGUGCUUUCCCCUCUUCAGAAGAGGAGGAAGUGCUCUCCUGUUAUGAACCUUGAUGAUGAUCAGGAGCCGGGACAGCUUGACGAAGAGGACUUUUCUCGUGCGCCUAAUAUCAUGAUGUCUCGUUGGGCGAAUGAUGAUGACCUGGAGGAGGGUAGGAGCGAAGAGAAGGGUGGAGUUGUUUUUAAAGGGGACGAUAGGAGCGAAGAGAAGGGUGGAGUUGUUUUUAAAGGGGACGAGUCGAAGGGAAGAAGGUCGAGUCCUGAGAGUGGGGUUACCCAAAAAGAGAGUUCUGAUUGUUCUGGAGGUAGGUCUUCUGGGUCUGAUGGAGGAUGUGUGCGGAGAUACUAUAGUGAAGGUGAAUGUUCGGAAAGCGAAUUGGAGGGUGAUGAAUUGAUGGAGAUUGAUGUGAGUGAUGAUGAGGACAUUGAGGCUGGAGUUGCCGGGCAAGGAAGGAGAAAUAUGCUGCAAGGUUGUAGAACUGUGUUUGAUUACGAAAAACUUGGUAAAAUUAGUGAGGGUAGCUAUGGUAUUGUAUACAAAGCAAAGGACAAGGAGAGUGGUGAGAUGGUUGCGUUGAAGAAGAUGAAGUUGGGAAAUCAAAGAGAGGGUUUCCCAGUGUAUUAUUUGAGGGAAAUUAAUACUCUUAUGUCCUUAAACCACCCUUCAAUUGUAAAUGUGCGAGAAGUGGUGGUGGAUGAAAGCGCCGAGGGCUUUGAUAACAUUUACAUGGUGAUGGACUAUGUGGAGCAUGAUCUUAAGGCGCUGAUGCAGGCAAGGAAGCAACAUUUUAGGCAGAGUGAAGUGAAGUGCUUGAUGCUUCAACUUUUGGAGGGUGUUAGUUAUCUUCAUGAUAAUUGGGUUCUUCAUAGAGAUUUAAAGACAUCAAAUCUCUUGUUAAAUAAUUUGGGCGAGCUGAAAAUAUGUGAUUUUGGAAUGGCACGCCAGUAUGGUAGCCCGUUGAAGCCUUAUACUUCACUGGUGGUUACUCUUUGGUACAGGGCUCCUGAACUUCUUCUAGGAGCUAAGGAGUACUCAACAGCUGUGGAUUUGUGGUCAGUGGGUUGCAUAAUGGCUGAAUUGCUGACCAAUAAACCAUUAUUUGAUGGAAAAACUGAGUUAGAGCAGCUUGACAAGAUAUUCAGAACACUGGGCACGCCUAAUGACAAAAUUUGGCCGAAGUAUUCUCAAUUGCCUGGGAUCAAAGCCAACUUUGUUCAACAACCGUAUAAUCAAUUACAUAAGAAGUUCCCUCGUGCUUCUUUUACAGGCUCUCCAGCACUUUCUGAUUCUGGGCUUGACUUGCUGAGCCGGUUAUUGACCUAUGACCCUGAAAUGAGGAUAACAGCAAAAGAGGCCCUCAGCCAUCCCUGGUUCCAAGAGGUUCCUCUUCCCAACUCUAAAGAGUUCAUGCCUUCUUUCCCAGCAGACAAGGUAGUUCUGGCAAGAUAAGGCUUGAUGCUUGACAUUGUCUUAUCAUUGAUCAUAGUGGGUUCUCUUAUCAUGUCUCUGUGGACCUCACCUGGCAGUAUUAGGCAUCUAUGGCUGGUUUUUUUGAGGCUGGUUGAAUGACUGUCUAUUGGAGGGGUGGCAAGCUGGGGUUGGACAGAUUUGGAACAUGCAGUGAAGGGGAAGUGAAAUAUGCAUUAUUGUUUCUGGGAUCUAUUACUUCCUGUGUCUCUGUUGUGUUUUUACAGAUACAGUCAGGGCACGUUGCUGUGGGGUUUGCAGCAAAUGUUGGCUAUGAUGUGCAGAUGUACUGCUAUGAUGUUGAAUUGGUUGUUUCGUAUAUGAAUACAGGAAGUAGCAGAUUUUUUUUGACUGAUAUUACCUUCCUGAAUAGGAUUUACUACCAUUGUGUCCUGUGCUCUUACAGAUCUGAGCCCGUUUUGGAGGUUGGACAUAAUUAGCCAUAGUGAUGGAGCAGACUUUGUAAUUGAAAAGGAGCUGCAUGUCUGAACUCAAAAGAAAAAAAAUAUGUUUCAGGCACCUGCAUGAACAUGUAAGGUGUGCAGUAGCAGUUCAUUUCUUCGUGAGCUUUUUCUUUCCUCAUUUCAAUUGUUCCUUGGUCAUCAUUGUUUUGAGUAUUCUUUGAUCAAUUUUGCUUUUAUCUCAUACACUAAUUGGUGGAGAUUUGAAGAAACUUGUAAAUAUUCCAGUAUUUUCAUGUACAUUCUUCCUUAAUUUAUAGACUGGCUAUGGAGUACCAUAAAAAUUUAUUUAUGAUCUUUCUGUCAUCUUGACUUGUUCUUAAUGUUCGACAUGCGCUUAUUUUUGCAAGAAUUGCUGCAUUAAAUGGGCACUGGAAACUGUUAACCUCAUGCCUCAAAUAAAGGAGAUAUGUUUCAAGCUUUUCAGGUAUUUACUUGAUAAUGGAUUGCAGAUGUGGCAGUGCAAUACUGCCAUGUUUGAAGUUGCUUUGUGAAACUGUUGUGCUGGCAUGUUGUUUAUGUUUCUGGUUUUCAUCUUUGCCUACAUUCUUCCAAGGUUUAAGCGCAUGUAAACGUUUAACCCUUUAAGGGCGCCUAUACUUGAGCAGCAUUGAUGUGAUCUAUAUCUAAUUUUUCCAUAAGAUUUUGUAUUUUCUGUACAUAAGCUAUCUUCCACAUUAGCUAUCAUUACAUUUGUUGCCGACUACUGCUUCCUAGAUCAUUAGCACCUCAUACGAUAUGUCAGGUGUUGGCAUUAUAUAUUGCAAUGUAAUAAUCUAAAACCGUGUGCUACAAAUAUAGUACAGGGCUCCAUCCAUAAUAGUUGACCAUCUGUAAUUUACUGAUUAUUAUGUUUUUUUUGAACUUGUUAUUUGAUUUAUUAAUAGAGAAAAAUGUACAGCAGGCAGAUGUUUGUGGCAGCUUGUUUGGACAUUAAUAAUCCUUUUUUUUGCCUUCUUUGGUCUUUUCUCCUUUGUGUUUGAUCGAAACAGAAGAGUUGAUAUUGAACUGGCGAUUCUUCACUCUAGGUUCGUAGUCAAUUCCAGGUAACCGUCUGCCGUUCAGCAUUAUUCGUUGGAGUUGGGCUGAUAUGUUUAAUGCAUGGUCUGUCUUCUGCUCUUAGCUGGCUUUCCUUGCAUGAAUUUGAUUAUUUGAUCCUAUUUCCCCUGGAUGUGUGAGCUUCACAAGAGAUAGACAAACACAGGAUCAGCUGGAGCUUUGUACUUCAUUUAUGGUAAACUGAGGGAGUACUGUAUCUAUGUUUAACUUGCGAUUAUUUAUUUAGUUUUAGUGGUUUUGCUUUUUUCGUUUCCUGUUUUUUUGGUUGAUAACAUCAAAGAGGUCAUGAGCGAGAUUCAGAAGUUUUGGCCGUGACACUUGAACAGCUUGUUACAUCAAAGAGACUCUGUAAUGCUUUACCAGUACAAACUGUAACUUCUUUACGUACUAAGGUUAGGCCAGCCUCUUCUCUGGGGUGAAUACUUUUUUUCCUCUUAAUUAUAUUAAUUACAACAUUCUGAAGAAGUUAGUAUGUAUGUCUUUCGGAGUAAGUGAAUUAAAGUGAGGAUAAUUUUUCUUUGAAUUUCACCUGGCUUACUUUCGGGCAUUGUCCUUCAGUGUAUUUUGGUAGAUUGAUUGAGAGGAUGAUUCUUCUUGUGGUUCAAGCAAUGUUUUGAUGCACUAUUGUUACAACUUACAAGUGUGCAGACACUAGGAAGCCAAAGUUUCUGCUAUCUAAUUAAAAUUCUAGUGGGAAUUUCUCAUCAGUGUUUACCUUUUCUGAUUGGUGUGGAGAUUAUUGUGGAAGAAUGUGGCGCGGGAGAAAAGAAAAUCAGCUUGCGUAAAAAUAAUUAAUUCAUGCUGUCACAUUUUGGUCUGUUGACACGAUUGUAAAUUUCAAGCUGUAAAAUUAGCUCUGGAAAUGAGAUUAUGUGGAUAAUAGUCUUACUAAUUUGGUAUAUUUGUUGAUCAGUUUGACGAGUUAAUAUUUGUCGUAUACAGUGCAUUUUUGUUUA